GUGCGUCCGCGCCGCGGCAUUCCUCGAAUAUGGAUGCUCUGUGCACUAGUCGCAACGGCAGCGGUCAUGGUGCAAUGUGUGCCGUCGCUGGCGGAGCUCAAGGACCACCGAGCCCGCGCCGACGGCCUCUGGCUGUCGCCGACAGUCGAGUGGCACGCGUCUCUGGGUAUCGCGUCGGUAGCGAAGUGCGACGUAGUUCACGUCGGUGCCUUCGGGCGCUGGAUUGCUCCUGCCGAUCUCGUGCCGAAGCAGCUCAGGCCGCGGCUCGAGGCAAUCGCGGCCGACGACGCGCAGCUCCUGCUCGCGAUCGUCGCCGCAGUUUUCAUUGCGCACGUCCUGAGGCCGGGGUGGCUGUUCCUACGCCACUUCGCUGCUUCCGCGGAGGCGCUGCGCGCGGGCCGCUACUGGUCCCUCGUCCUCGCGGCGUUUGCGCACGACGACCUCAUGCACGUCGGCUUUAAUUUUAUGGCGCUCUCGCGUGCGGCGCCCGCGCUCCAGGGUCGCCUAAAGCACGACCGGACGACGUUCUGGUGUUUCGUGCUGCUCGCCGCGGUCGCGUCCUCGCUCGCGUCAGUCUUCGGCCGGAGCACGACGGGCUACACGGAGACGAAAGGUGCGAGCGGCAUCGUGUUUGCGAUGAUGGCCCACGCCGCGGCGACGAACCCCGCCGCGCCGAUGUUUGUAUAUGGAAUGGAAAUGCCGGCGGCCACCGCGCUCGUGGCGAUGCUCGCCAUCGACGUGCUAGUCAGAAGCUCACGAGGCAUCGACUACGCGUGCCACGCGGGCGGGGCGCUCUUCGGCCUCGCGUUUUAUGAGUACUAUAAGUUGUAUUGA